GUGGAAUUCACGACCAUAGAUCAGCUCCCGCUGAACGGGACACAGAAAUUCGCCUUCGCGCAUCCGUGGAUCGAUCAUACCCGAGGCCUGAGCAGUGGUGUUACCUUGGAAAAUGACUCGGAAUCUGACCCUGAUUCUGACUUGGAUUGUCCCUGUACCACAGGUUGACAGCUAUACCCGGGCACUGGAGAUGAUCGCUCGUCUCGGACAGUCCUUCAACGCGUUUCUUCUCGUACAACAAUGGAAUGGAACGUACAAGAGGGUCGCUGCCGAGAGGGAGAUUGUCGUCUCGGGGCUCGGAACCAACAUUACCUCCAAGAACAUUCGAGUGAAAGUGCUAGAAAUCCUUUGACGUGUAUGUGGGGGACUGCUGGUUGUUACAUCUGGUCUGUAUUUC